CGUGACUUUCUUCCUGCCUUUCCCCAAAGGUAACCUUGAAACUUGAUCCUUGUCAGUGGUGUUCUGCUUGCAACUUAUCGGUAAAGAGGUCAUCAUGAUGACUGGGACAGGUUGUUUGUGUGUGACUCUCCUGCUUCUCCUGCACAGAGCAGACUCUGAAAGGUUUGAGGUUCUUGGUCCGACUCGUGCCAUUGCUGCUGUGGCUGGUGAUGACAUCAUUCUGCCCUGUUACAUCAAACCCAACAUCAGCGCUGAGGACAUGAGAGUUGACUGGUUCAGAGUCAACCACCCAGACCCUCAGUCAAACAUUCGAGUCCAUCUCUACCAAGACGGCAGAGACAAAUACCAUGAUCAGAUCCGCUCCUACGAGGGAAGGACAUCAUUGUUUAAAGAGGAACUGAAGAAGGGCAACACCUCUUUGAAACUGACCAGGGUACAAGGCACUGAUGAUGGACAGUACAAAUGUCUUGUUAAGUCUAAGACCCAUUAUGAUGAUGCCACUAUUCAAGUCCACAUAAGAGCUAUAGGAUCCAAGCCAGAGGUUUCCAUUGAGGGACAGAAAGAAGGAGGGAUGGGUCUGCUGUGUGUAUCUAAAGGCUGGUUCCCUGAGCCUGAGUUGGAGUGGCUGGACAGUGAAGGGGUCACUCUGUCUGCUGGACCUUCAGAGACAGACAGGGACUAUAAGGGGUUCUACAUAGUCAAACUAAAGACCAUUGUAAAGGAGACUGACACCAACCACUUUACCUGCAGACUCAGACAGAGGCAACUCAGUGAGCAGAUCAACAUGGAGACAGAGUUUCACAUCCCUAGUGAGCUGAUCCUUGUUCACACAGACACAUGGAGAGUGGCCUUUGCAGUGAUUGUCUCUCUGAGCAUUGUCCUUGUGGUCAUAUUAGCUUUCACCAUCUGGCGCUGGAAUCAUUUGUCCAAUGACUACGAUGCAUCCAAAGCUAAACACAGUCAAGAGCUAGAAAAAGUUCAAGAUGACAAGAAAUGUAGGCUGAAGAUACUCACUAAUCAGCUGGAUUUUGUAAACAUGAAGAGGUGUCCAGAACUUGAAAGCAUCAGAAGACAUGCAGUGGAUGUGACUCUAGACCCAGAUACAGCACAUUCCCAGCUCAUCCUGUCUGAAGACAGGAAACAAGUGAGAUGUGGAGACAUAAAACAGGAGCUCCCUGACAACCUAGAGAGGUUUGAUAAAGUUCACUAUGUCCUGGGAAAGGAAGGUUUCUCCUCAGUGAGAUUCUACUAUGAGGUUCAGGUGGAGGGGAUGACUGGGUGGACUUUAGGAGUGGUCAGCAAGUCCAUCAACAGGAAGAGGAUGAUUCACUUGAAACCUGACAAUGGAUGCUGGACUGUGUGGCUGAGGGAUGGAGAGUACAAGGCUCUCACUGGGCCCUCUGUCCCCAUCUCCCGGAGUGAACCCCAGAAGGUGGGGGUGUUUGUGGAUUAUGAGGAGGGUCAGGUCUCCUUCUACAAUGCGGAGGCCAGGUCUCAUAUCUACUCUUUCACUGGCUGCACCUUCACUGAGAAACUCUAUCCAUUAUUUUAUUCAGGUACUAUUGAUAACUCAGCCCCACUGGUCAUCACUCCUGUAUAUGUCACUGACUGACUGUUUUAUACCAAACAUUGAAAUACUGUGUGUGUGUGUUACUCACAGUCUGAAUGAAUUGCAAUGUGUUUAUCACUAUAUGAUUAUACUAACAGAGAGGAAAUUCACCUUGUAUAAUUUCUGCUGAAUGUCAUCCUUUUGUGGUUGCAGAAAUUGGGGUGAGCUGUUGUAACUUCUCAAGGGAUAUGUUCUGUGUUGGACUGUGAUGUUAUGCCUUUCAUAGACUCCUGUUAUGUCUGAACCCUAACACAAGGCCAUUGUGUUCUGGAACUGUUGCUUGUAUAAAUAACUGUUGUGUAACAAUAUGAUUGUAUUGUCACCUCCCACUAUAUAAGGGACAUGUAACCAUUUACUCUUGGAACUCUUCCCUGUGAAAUCAGAGACAGAUCUCCCUCGCAACUGCUUGAUUAAAGAUGUUUUUAUUAUACAAUUA